CAUUGAUACCGCAUGUACCUAUGUCCGAAUAUCCACGACACUAUCAUACGCUUCCUGUACUUCAGCCAACGUAGCGUGACGGGGGCCGAGCGACACACCUCACACAGAUAAACAUAUCUAGGCGCAUUCAAAACAUCGAACAAGAUGGCGGUGUCAAAGGCAUCUACAUGGUUGAUUACUGGCGCUUCCUCAGGCUUCGGUCAAUCUAUCGCGCACGUAGCUCUCGAGGCAGGACACAAGGUCAUUGGAGCUACCCGCGAUGUAGCUCAGGCGCAGAUCUUCAAUCCCGAUUUCACCGCCAAAGGCGGAAUAUGGCUGCAGCUUGAUCCGGCACACCCAGACUCAUUCAGCCAGUUCUCCAAGGCCCAGAUAGACUACGACAUCGACGUGCUUGUAAAUAACGCUGGCUACGCCUUCAUAGGCGGCGUCGAAGAUGCAAGCGAAGAGGAAGUUCGCGAUCAAAUGGAAGUCAACUUCUGGGGACCCUUGCGUGCCGUUAGAGCUGUCUUGCCGUCCAUGCGGGCGAAAGGCCAUGGUCAUAUUGUUCUCAUCAGCAGUGGAGCUGGCUUCAUAGCGCGGCCUGGAAGAGGGGUGUAUUCCGCAAGCAAGUUCGCCAUUGAAGCCAUACAUGAGUCGCUUAAGCAAGAGGUUGAAACCCUAGGCAUCAAGGUCCUGAUUGUAGAGCCUGGAGCCUUCCGGACCAACUUCUCUCUGCGCCUAGUCACUCCAGCUGCACAUGAGAAUGGUUUCAGUGAUGGUUACAAGGGUACCGCACUCGAUUCUAUGGUUACUGCGUCUAAAGGGAUCAUAGAGAUCCCGCCAGUACAAUUCGUGAGAGGGGACCCCGAGAAGGCUGCGAGGCAUAUACUCAACUCCGUCGUCGAGGGCCACGACUACCUUCGUAUGGUAUUGGGGGCUGAUUGUGUUGCUGCACUCGAGCAAAAAAUAGGAAAUUUGAGCCACGACUUGGAAGCUACCAGGGCUAUCGCCGUGUCUACAGAUACGGAGAUCAUCGAGAAGUAACCUUGAUCCUUUAGACGUGGUAUCACGCCCGGUAACGUUUUGGGCCAUUGAGAAACCAACGGCCUCAAACUGAAGUAAUCAAUG